AUGGAGAAAACGGAGAAAACGGAGCCGGAAACUUUUGUCUCCUCAGAGAAGGAUCCUCGUCCCAUGGAGGACGGACUCGUGCCGCUGGAUCAAGUGCCCAAAGGACGCUGGGAACGUAGUUGGCCCACUAUUGCCUGCGGUGCUGGUCUUUUCUCUGACGGAUAUCUCAAUGGCGUCAUUGGCCAGGUGAACACCAUGCUCGGGAAGAUCUAUGGCGACGCCUACUCGGACUCUACGGCCAGUCAGAACGUCUCGGCUAUCGCGUUUGCUGGUACUGUUGUGGGCAUGCUGGUAUUUGGUUGGACCAGUGAUCACUGGUCUCGCAAAUGGUCCCUCUUUAUCUCAACUGUGAUCCUGUUCAUAUUUGCUGCUCUCGCGGCUGGGUCGUACGGUUACAAUGACAGUCUAGGAGGCAUGCUCGCUGCCUUGACGGCCUACCGAUUUUUUAUCGGUAUCGGUAUCGGUGGUGAAUAUCCGGCCGGCUCGGUUUCUUGCGCAGAAAAUACCGGAGAGCUGAAGGAAGGUCAUCGCAACCGAUGGUUCAUCAUGUUCACCAACUUCCAGAUCGACUUUGCCUUUGUCAUUUCUGCUUUCGUCCCCAUGAUCUUAUGUCUGAUUUUCACCGAGGAUCAUCUUCGUGCUGCUUGGCGUAUGGCACUGGGUCUUGGUGUCAUCCCCCCCCUGAGUUUGCUCUAUCUGCGACUGAAGCUUGACGAACCGGAGGAGUUCAAGCGUGAAAAGAUGGCCAAGUUCCCGAUAUGGCUCAUCAUCAAGUUUUAUUGGUGGCGACUGUCCGUUGUCUCGCUGAUCUGGUUUGUUUAUGACUUUUCAUCCUAUUCCUUCGGUUUGUACUCGUCUCAGUUCCUGACUCUCAUCCUCGGCGACUCUCCGCCCCUGUGGAAGACCUUCGGCUGGACUACUCUGAUCUAUCUGUUUUACAUCCCCGGCUCUGCCCUGGGAGCAUUUGCAAGUGAUUGGAUCGGUCCCAAGAUGACUCUUGCCAUCGGAGUGGGUCUCCAGGGCAUUGUCGGUUUCAUCAUGUCCGGAUGUUACGAGUGGCUUGCGACUGAGAAGUAUAUGGGAGCUUUCAUUGUUGUCUACGGUGUCUUCCUUGCGCUCGGCGAGUUUGGCCCUGGUGACAAUAUCGGCUUAUCAUUUGUGGGCACCUAUGUGCUUCCGAUUGCUGUCAAGAACGCCCAUACCCCGGUCGAAAAGGGUCAACACCCUUUCUUCAUUUCCAGCGCCCUAUGCAUCUUCAGCGCCGUCGUGGCCUUCUUCCUUUUGCCCACCAUCAACCAAGACACCAUCACCCACGAAGACGAGCGCUUCCGUGCUUACCUCGAGGAACACGGCUACGAUACCACUUCCAUGGGCGUUUCAGCGAACUAG